UUUCAUUUCGCCGUGAAAAGUUCUUAACCCAAGAUAUUGUCGCACAUAAAUCAGUCACAAACUCCGCCAUCCGCCUGCUGGCGGUGCAAAUGCGCAAAUUCGCGGACAGACGGACAGACGUCCGGACAAAACGGACAAAAAGACGGAAGGACGCAAGGACUGAAUGAGCCAAAAGUCAGUUGGCCAACUAGAAUGGGUUAAGUCAAUUCAAAAGUUGCAAUUCAAUUUCUUCAAAUGGUUAAAAUUUCCGUGUCGGGAACCCAUGUGUAUUAAUACGUGGUUUACGCGCUGGUUCCACACCAGAAGUCGAUGGUUGCGACAGUUCAUAAGUCAUAAGACAUUUCGGAAAAAUUGUCUGAUACCCGGGAAGGACACAAAAUUUCUAUCUACAUAUAUUCGUAAAAAGCGAUUAUGUAAGAGAAAGCAAACGUUAAAUUCGAAAUUUUAAAGCAUAACAUGAAACUUUAUUUAAUUCAUAAACUCGAAAAUAUAGCACUGCACUAGAACACUGUCUAAUUACUUGAGUGUUUGCGUAAAAACUUCCUCAUAUGAUGGAGAAAAUCCAGUAGUGUCGGUUUGGUCAUAUAGGGGGCAGUCUCCCCUAUUUGUGCAACCGAGUGUUACAGGGGGAAGCUAUUGGAAGAUACGGUUCUAUAAAUUAUUCUUAAUUCGUUUUUAUAAAUUAUUCGAACUAUCUAUCAAGAAGGCAGGAAGAGGGGAAAAAGAUGAAAAGAGUACAGAAGUACCUUUACAUGUUUGUUUUUUAUAUUUUACUAAAUUAUAACAAUUUGAAAGACCUUGUCCUCCCUAUUUCUUUAAGAAAUCAAGAAAGAAUGGAAUUCACCGACAUUCGUUUGCGAAGCCUUUUGCAUUACGACCCGGAGGCCAAAUCGUUUUCUCCUAGUUCGACCAUUAAAUACUUUCGAAUGCCAGAAGAUCAUGAGUACCCCCUGGAUUUGGCCAAGAACUAUAAAAACUAUGUUCAUCGAAACAACGAAUAUCCCGGCGACUUCGACAUGGUGCAGUACUACUUUGAGCACGUCAACAAGUUGGAGUUUAUUAGACAGGACUAUGACGUCUUUUGCUGCCGCAGACUACUAAUCAUCCUAAUUAACAUUCCGUAUUUGAAUUUUGAUAAGAGAGAAUCGAUUGAGGCGUUCAGGGUUAAGGGAUGCAUCUUUCUAAGGCUGCAAACAGAUCAUAUAAAUGUGGAAGCCGAACGAAGUUCGUACACAUUUAAGGCACGACAGUUAUUAUUUAGUGAUGCACCCGGACAAGGCAUCGAUAUGGAUGCCCCUAUAGAUGAGAGGGCCCAGACUUAUGGAAUGUUCUCGGCUCGAUUGGGCCAAUUCCGAUUGCUUUACUCGUGCGAGGUUCCUGGAGUCGCCAACACCAAAAAGCUCGGGGAUCUCACUGAUCCUAAGGAGCUGGAGAAGUGCUCUUUGGCCACCAUUAGGGUCCUUAAAAAACCUCUUUCUUGGCGACACACUUUUCGUCAUUAUAGUUGGCUUCUUCAGAACUAUUUUUGUGGAGGCAGUCAGUUGGCUGUUGCCUCAUUUGACCAAAAUGGAAUUGUGUCCAAGAAGAUUGAGGUCGUGUCCGCUGAUGAUUUGAUCGAGUCUAAGCGGAGUGAUUUACAGAGCGGGUUUAAGAAGAUGAACGACUUUCUCGAGCAGAUCAAACAGAAGUUGGACAAGAUCGAUAAUCCGAAUGUCAGUCUGAAGUUUACUUUCGAUAAAAAUAAGUUAGUUUUCGAUGAGGCUUUCAAAACGGACUUUGUGGACUACGCCAAUCAGUUUUAGCCCUUUAUCAUUCUUCAUACUUGUGUAGUAUAUACCUUUAUUUCUUAGUCCAAGGAACUAAUAAAAGGACAACUUUUUUCGAACAAA